AUGGAGACUUUUGCGGGGGGUAGUGCGCCUCCUUAUAAGAGAAAACGCGUGGGUGACUUGGAGCCCUCGCAGGAAAUCGCCUCGUAUAGCGGAAGGUUGGAUCAUCGGCCUUCAGCCACGCUCCCCGGUGUUUCCUCACUCUUGACAUCAUUACAAGUUGCAGUGUGUUUUGGCGUAGUUGGAGAGGUUAAGGGUAGAUGUGAAAGGCCGGAGCUUUUGGACUUAUCUAAACCCGUACGAGUGGUACUAGAGUCGUCGGAAUUGUUCGUGCUAGAUGGAGAAACGAACAUUAAAGGUCACAUUGCAUCGGACUACAGCUUUAUGCUAGACAACCUGAUCAAGUCAGACCUUGAGCUUCACACGACCUGCAGUUUCGACGCUGAGAAGCAGGGCAAAGCGGCAUCGCGAAAGACUGGUUUACUUGCCUGCAAACUUGAUAUCGCCGUAUACGGUCCUCAUGCGAUGCUCGGUGAGAUUAGGGAAUGGUUCGAGGGAAUUGAAGUAUACCUUCAAGACCCCCGAAUCUGCCUUCGUGAUGCCAAAUACUGUAACCCCCAAAGGCUCUUCCCUUCGAGUCUUGAUGGGUGUGCGAUGGUAUCAAGCGUCGUGAGCCACGCGUCGAGACGUCACAUUCGACUUAGGGAUAUUACGGAUGAUGACUUCCUCGACAAGUAUCUUGGCUCAGAAAUUGUCCUGGAGGAAACUGACCAACCGUCGGCAGUUCGAACCUACCUAAAAAGGCACCAGAAGCAAGCUCUUACCUUUAUGCUUCGCCGUGAGAAAGGCUGGGCGUUCCAAGGCCCCCAACCUGACCUGUGGAGUAUCGUGGAUAAUGCUAACGGACGGUUUUACGUCAAUGCCAUAUCCGAGGCUGUUACCGAAGACCCUCCUCCUCAACUGUAUGGAGGCAUUAUUGCCGACCCCAUGGGCUUGGGCAAAACGCUCACUAUGAUCGCCUUAGCCGCCACUGACCUACUCGACAAAAAUCCAUUUGAUUCCUAUUAUGAGAGUGAGAAGGACGAUAUCGAGCAGACCGUUGAUGCCACCUUGAUCAUUGUGCCCCCUCCACCACAUAUCAUCCGAAAUGAGAGCUCACGAAUGGCGAAGGCUAUUUGUAGCCUUGAAUCCACCCACCGCUGGGCAGUUACUGGAACUCCCAUCCAGAACCAGCUGGAUGACCUCGCGACUCUCCUCAAGUUCAUCGGCGCGUAUCCAUAUGAUAAGAAGAGUCGUUUUGAUUCAGACAUUUCAGACUACUGGAAAGAAGGGGAAGAUCAACAAGCUGCGACAAGACUUCAGAGACUUUCGUCUUGCCUUCUCCUGAGACGGCCCAAGGCAACAGUGCAGCUGCCUCGGAGGCACGACACAGAGUGGCCUGUCGAAUUCACCCAGGCAGAGAGAGUUGGCUACGAUCAACUGAAGGACCGAACAGCAAUGGCAAUUGACGAGGCUCUGAAACAGGCGCAUCGAGUCAGCCGGUCUGGUGCCUAUGUGAACAUUUUGCAGCAGAUCGAGUCGCUUCGGCUAUUUUGCGACCUUGGUCUGCAUUACCACUCGAGGCAUGAGGAUGGUUCACUCGCGUCCAAUACUGCGACACCCUGGGCAGCUAUUGCACAGCAAGCUUUCAACAGAAGCCUUGAAAUGGGGCCUAUACUGUGCUCACAAUGCCACUCCGUUAUAGACUCGACUCAAAGUCUCUACGACGACCCAACGACUCAACGAGGUGCUGGUGCUUCUAUGGACUGUGGGCAUUCUCCGCCUUGCCCGGCCGCAGCUGUAUCUACCAGCAUAUCCGCCAUGGAGGAUAUUCCUGGUGAACAAACUAACAGCCUGGCUUUGCAUCAGACGGAGUUGCCGUCAAAGGUAUCCGCGCUCGUCGCUGAUAUUCUUGCGCAACCUCGCGAUGUAAAAUGCGUCGUCUUUUCGGCUUGGAGACUUACGCUCAACGUCGCCCAAGCUGGCUUGGAACGUGCGGGAAUCGGCUGUCUUCGGUUUGAUGGCAAAGUGGCCCAAAAGGAUCGCAACGGGAUCAUUGAGCUCUUCAAAACUGAUCCAUCGAGGCGGGUUUUGCUGCUGACACUUUCGUGUGGUGCUGUUGGGAAUCCUACACUCGAAGAACAAGCGCUGGGACGAAUCCACAGAAUUGGACAAGAGAAAGAAGUCACCACCAUUCGGUUCUUUAUACGCGGUUCGUUCGAAGAGCAUGUCAUGGAUGUCCAGCAGUCCAAGAAGGACCUUGCCAGGAUCAUUCUUUCACCACAUGAGGGAGGGGCAACGGAAGAUAGUCUUGAGCGGCUGCAAAAAUUACGCUCCUUGCUGUAG